AUGGCCAAAGUAACUCUCCAGCACAGGCUGGGACGCAGGGAGGGGCAGACACCGAGCCCCAACUCCCGGCCCGACGCGACAGCGGGCUUUCCCCAGCGCCGCUUCACUGCCAAGGAGGCGGAAACCCCGGCGGGGGCGGGGCGGGAGGGGCGUGGCAUCGCAGCCCCGAACGCGCCUUCCGGCCAACCGGAUCCCACGAAGGCGGGGGAACCCGGGCUUCACGCCCCCUCGCCGCCGCGCCCUGAAAGCCGCACGCGGGAGACCCCCCUUCCUGUCCCGCACACCCCGCGGGCCCGAAGCAAGGCAGCCCCAAGGCCCCACCCACACAGAGGGGAGGGGCGGGGCCGCAGCCGCGGGUAUUUAGCGCGAGCCCGUCCCGCCCCUUUCUCCACCACCGCACGCGCGCCGGCCCCGCCUCUGAUCGGCGGGACGAGGGCCCGCCCCUCCGUGCGCACCGGGACUACGCUCUCCUCCCCCUCCCGCACGGAGUGCGGCCCCGCUCCGCCCCCCACAGCCACGCACGGGAAGCCGAGGCUGCAAUGUUAUUGGAGGGCGGAAAGCACCUCGUCACACCUCAUUGGAGAGUCCCGCAUAUCCCUCCCCACGGCCGCCCCAGCCACAGGCCUAACAAAUCGGCUCCCGCCUCCGCCGGUCACCGCAUUGGAAGGCUACCUUUGGUUCUCUCGCAGCCCCAGGAAGAUAAAAUGCUGGCGUGCACCUGUAAACCCAACACUCAUGGGAGAGAUGAGAGGUAGAGAAGGGAUAACAGUCCGGAAGCCACGCAGUCAUCUCGCCUGGAAUAUACAGCAUGGCAGACAAACAACCUACCUCAUCAAGGUGCAAGGUGAAAGACACCAGAUGAAGCAGCACAUGUCUGUAAUCCCAACACUGGAGAAAUGGAAGGAGGAUGUGGAGGAAGCACAGAGGAUAUCCACUAGAACUGUGAUGUUUCAGUGAAGUGACACAGGAGACAAAACACUUAGCACUAAGAUGGCCAUACAACAAGGGUUCAGUUUGUCCAAAGCUAAGACCCUAGCCACAGACAUGGCAGGUGCCUCUCAGAACUGAAUCUCAUUGAAGCUUUGGAUCC